AGAUGAGAUGCUUGUGUAUGUGUUGCAGCCUAUUUAUUGGUACGCUCUUUUCGUUGUUCAUUUUUGAUUAUCUGCACAUCAGGCACUACUAAUUUAGACGCACAGCAGGUGAUGCCACAUUUGUUCUCGUCGAAUGAAGGUUUAGCGUUCUAGAACACAAUUAUACAAAUAACAUGCUCCUCGACAUCGUUGCGCUGUUCGAGACGCAGCAGCGUCAGGACGCCUGGGAGAUGUACUGCCACGCGGUGGCGCGGACGAUGGAGCGCAAAAAACCCUUCUGCCUGAAAUUUGCCUCCCUGGGCCUGCUCGGGCGGGAGACGCUGAGUGGACCGGUGGUGUUUCAACUCGCGCAGCACGUGCUCGAGCGAUCCGGACUGGAGAAGAGAUGCGUGCCGGAGAAAUAUGCAUUGCAAAUAUGUCUGGGUCUGGAAGGAUCCAAACUUGUCAUGCUGUCUUGGGAUUCUAAGAAAAUCUGUAUUGCAUGACCAGCAACAGGAGCCCAGAUUGUGCUACGCGGAGAGGGCAUUUGUCAUGCGGAAUAGGCAUCGGGGAGCCUUCCAAAAGUCUGUGAUGCCAAGUCAUGCACUACAGGCAUCAUGGGUCAUGCAGGAUAUGCAUGACAAACCUGGCAAUCUUCCAGACCCAGACAUUUUUGCACUUGAUAAGAAAAUCGUGAAGGCAAAAAGCUUCGUCAAGGAAGAAAAAAACCCGCCGUUUGCCAGGGGAUUCGCAAAGGGCGAGGAUGUGGUAUCAUUUUUAAUAUUGGGUGAUAGGAUAAUAUGAGUCAUCACGACAUUGAAUUCCAUGGCAGGUUGGUUCAUGCCGGACCACGACCCUUAAUAAACCGACUCGUGGUCGAAAAACAAAAACGAAAACCUUUUAGGCGACAGAAACAAUAACUGUACAGGAUUUGGUCCUCUCUCUCGUGAACGAGACCGUGGACCUAUGGAUGUGUCAGAGUUGAAAUCGACAAAGUUGAAAUAAUUUGUCAUGCAUAAAAUGGAUUCCAGUUGGAACCCAGUUUCCAAGUGGUGCAUGACAAGUUUCGGCGGCCCCUAAAUCCACUCUGUCAUGCUGUUUAGGCAAAGAAGAGCGAUGUUCUCAUGCUACUUUAGCAGCUCGAGCUGUAACCCCAAACAGGCUUACAAUCGGCCUCACUUGCCUGCUCUGCAACACACGUGCCGCGGGUCAUGCAUUUUAUGCAUUACAAACUAUUUAAACUUUGACGAUUUCAAACCUGACGCUUCCAUAGGACCGUCUGUGCGAAAUUCUGCGGUCACGUCACACCCUGGCGUAUCCAAUGCAAAUAUGUCUGGGUCUGGAACAAAGCAACUUGUCAUGCUAAAUCUCAAUCAUGUAAAAAUCUGUGUUGCAUCCUUACCAAAAGCUGUCCGCUGUUGACCUAAUCGAGAGGCAGUUUCUCAUGCAGGAUAGGCAUGAUAGAACUCUCACGGAAUCUGUCAUGCUAUGUUCUACAUACCAAACCUCACGGGUCAUGGAGAACCUGCAUGACAAGUCUGGCAUUCUUCCAGACCCAGACACUUUUGCAGUUGAUAUGGCACUGAACCUGGUCGGCAUCGGGCGGCUGACUUUCCAGCAGGACCGCAAAAAGUACUCGUUCCUGGAGCGGCGGUGGGAGCCGUUGAAUUACGUGACCGGUCGCGAUGCGCUGGACCCGGAGGACUACGUCGACACGGCAGACACCGAGGCCAAGAACAGUCCGGGCUUCACGCGGUCCGCCGAGUCCAACCCGCGAACGCUCGUGCACCCGCUAUGCCAUGCAAAUAUGUUUUCUGGGAUUGGAAGGAAACCUGUGAUGCUAAAGUGUUGAUGAGUUUGGUGCUUUCAACUGCAGCCAAGCAUGACCGAUUCAUUUGACGCCGUCUGAUGCGUACUAGCACGCAUGACAAAGCCAAACGCAAACUACGCGUCUCUGCAUGACAACAAGCAACGCCUUUGCUGGCUAUGCAAUACACAUUUAUUUUCAGGAGUGCUAGACAUGCAACACAAGCUCCACUUUUCCAGACCCAGAUGACAUAUUUGCAAUGUAUACCCGCCGAAGGGGAGCGAGAUCCAGGAGGUCUCCGACCUCUCCUCCGUGGACGGCGACAGCUACCGUGGUCCGAAAACCGACCCCAGCUGGGGCCCGGUCUAUACCGAGGAGGAACCCAUGACUAGUACACAAGCCGGGGGUGCCGCAGAAAUAGCAGGACCGCCGGACGGGGUGGAGGCUGAGCAAGCAGGUGGUGGGACGGGGUAGCAAGAUUUUAUACACGGUAAUCUAUCAGUUUGUAGUGCACCCUUACCCACGAGUCGUGAUGAAAUCGACGCGGUUGGUCCGUCCUGCAGGCCGUUUUCUUUAGCUUCUGUUACUAAAAAGUCGCUGAUAUCAUCAAGCGUGCGACACCAUGUAUGUAUCAAUCUUGUACUAACGAAGUUUCUCCGCAGGCGAGCCCUCGUUUGCGUGUACAAUGACUUGAUGUAUCGCCAUCGCGCCGAGCCAUAAAUCAGAUUAUUUGUAGCCUUCUGUACUUCACCCCAAGAAUGAACAAAUUCAAUCCGUCUCUGGUCUGCCACAGUAGGCUCUCCACCUGACGGGAAGGGGAACCAUAAACACGAGAUAGCUACCGCGUUCAAAAUCGAAACAGAAAGCUAAGCAGCACUACGUAUGAAAGCUUUUUCAAUAUGUAGGACCUCGAGCAGAAGUGACGUCGAAAUGAUUUUUGUAGGAGAC